GGAGCGACACCAGACAACUUUUCUUUCCUAGAACCGUCUCGUAGACCACUCUAGACGACGACACAGAUGGCCUCUGCACUCACACCGAAAUGGGACGCUAGAAAUAUUGGCCCUGUCCCCCAUGACUUGAGCUACUACAGCAAGUGCAUGUUGGGCGGUGCCCUCGCAUGCGGUGCUACCCACGCCGGUAUCACUCCGCUCGAUGUCGCAAAGUGUAACAUGCAGGUCAACCCGGCCAAGUACAAGGGUCUCAUGCCCUCUUUGAGCCUUCUGCUAAAAGAGGAGGGUCAGACCGGUAUCUGGAAGGGCUUCGGGCCCACAUUUGUCGGCUACUCUCUGCAGGGCAUGUUCAAGUAUGGUCUCUACGAAGUCUUCAAGGACACCUACAUGAACCUCGCUGGCGAGGAGAUGUCCAACAAGUACAAGCCUGCCAUCUGGCUUGCUGGUUCGGCCUCUGCUGAAGUCUUCGCCGACAUUGCCCUGUGCCCGCUCGAGAUGACCAAGGUCAAGAUUCAGACCAGUGCCACGGGAACCUUCCCCACUGGCUUCGGUGCUGCUCUCUCAAAGAUGAGCGCCACCAAGGUUGAGACCCGGUUCCCCUUCGGUUCGCUUGUGCCCCUCUGGUCUCGUCAGAUCCCGUAUACCAUGGCCAAAUUCUUCUUCUUCGAGAAGAUUGUUUCGCUGUUCUACACCCACGUCUUCCCCGAGCCCAAAGAAACGUACAGCAAGCCCACUCAACUCGGUGUCACCUUCGCCUCUGGUUACCUCGCCGGUGUCGUCUGCGCUGUCGUCUCUCACCCAGCCGACUCGCUCGUGUCUCUGCUCGGAAAGGCUGAGAACAAGGGCAAGUCUGCUGGUGCUAUCGCAUCAGAGGUCGGUCUCGUCUCGUUGGCCACUAAGGGUCUCGGCACGCGUGUGAUCAUGAUCGGUACUCUCACUGGUUUCCAGUGGUGGAUCUACGACUCGUUCAAGUCCGCCAUGGGGAUGGGUACGACCGGUGGAAAGUAAUCGGCAAAAGAAUAGAUAGCGCUAGUUUACAUACCAGCUGUCUCUCUCUCUUACUUUUAGAAUGGAUCAUUAAUGACUUUGAUGACGCAAGCGAUAGCUAUACAACAAGCCGGUCUACUACUGGGCCUUGGUCCCUUUAGACUUUUUCCCUUCGCGGGAUUCGCCUGCGAGCCAUCCGGCAGAGAACAAGAAAAAGGCGACACUGGUGCUGAUGGCCCCAGCGUAGUACGGCCAUGCAGCCGACAGGAAGCGCGGAUACCCGUCAUGUCGGGGAGGUGCAACAGAGACUGUCGUCGAGCUGUGCAGAUGAGUCCAGCUGCGGUGCGAUUAGCAUGGGGACCCAGGGGGCGGUGCAGCCGUGCGCGGAAAGUGACCGAGUACUCGCCCGGCGAACCAGCCACAGGCAGUAAGGCGGUGCGGAUAUGGGGGUCCAACAUCGUGAACUCGAGCUGCAUGUCGUCAAUCCCGGAAUAGGGCACCCAAGUAGACGUCUUGGGGUUGAAGCGGGAGAUAUGAGCCGAGUAGAC